GUACUAAAGAUGGCCGGUGAUGGAGGCGCUCUGAAGGAUAUCAAUGAGAUUAAAUGCCAAUUCCGGACUAGAGAGGGUUUUUACAAGCUACUUACGCUUUCGGAUUCACAGCAAAGAGGUGGGUUAUCCCGGGGUCCUUCAGCGAGUUCCACAGUGGGCCCCGGGGCUGGACCGGGUUCGAUACCGGGCGGUGGUGUUGGGCUGGUGCAGGGGCCCGGGGCAACCUCCUCCUCCAGUGCCGCAGCCAACUCCUCUCCGGCAGGUUUCCUGCCCCCGGUUCGGGUCUCCAUGGUGAAGCUUCAGCCGGAAGACCCGAGUGAGGAAUCCGAACGAGUCUGUUUCAACAUCGGCAGGGAACUUUACUUCUAUACGUACACAAACAUCAAAAAGGCCGUGGAUCUUAGUAAGCCUAUAGAUAAGCGUAUAUACAAGGGGACACAGCCCACCUGUCAUGACUUCAAUCAGUACUCCGCCACUGCAGACAGUGUGGCUCUCAUCGUGGGCUUUUCUGCAGGCCAGGUGCAGUACCUGGACCCUAUCAAGAAAGAGACCAGCAAGCUCUUCAAUGAAGAGAGAUUAAUAGACAAAACUAAAGUGACAUGUCUGAAAUGGUUGCCCAAAUCUGAGAAUCUGUUCCUGGCCUCUCAUGCCAGCGGCCACCUCUACCUCUACAAUGUAGAGCACCCCUGUGGUACCACUGCUCCACAAUACUCGCUGCUCCGACAGGGGGAGGGUUUUACUGUCUACGCAUGCAAGACCAAGACACCUCGCAACCCCUUACUGCGCUGGGCAGUAGGUGAGGGAGGCCUAAAUGAGUUUUCAUUCUCUCCGGACGGUGUACAUGUGGCCUGCGUGGGCCAGGAUGGCUGUCUCCGUGUCUUCCACUUUGACUCAAUGGAACUGCAAGGCAUCAUGAAGAGUUACUUUGGCGGUCUGCUCUGCGUGUCGUGGAGCCCAGACGGGAAGUACCUGGCUACAGGUGGUGAAGAUGACCUGGUCACUGUGUGGUCAUUUACGGAGAGCCGCGUGGUUGCUCGGGGUCACGGCCACAAGUCAUGGGUCAAUGUAGUGGCCUUUGACCCCUUUACCACCAGCAUAGAAGAAGAAGAGCCAAUGGAACUAAGUGGCAGUGAAGAGGACCUUCACCAGGGAGCACUGAACUUCAGUCGUGUGCGCACGAGCAGUACUCUGUCCCGUCUCUCUCGUCACAGUUCCAAAGGUGGAGCACCUUCUGUGUCAUACCGGUUUGGAUCAGUCGGACAGGACACACAGUUCUGCUUGUGGGACCUUACUGAUGAUAUUCUGUAUCCACGCUUGCCGCUGUCCCGUGCCCUUACCAACACUUUCAGUCCCAAUGCGCCACCUUCUGUCAGUGGUGGAAUGAACAGCACAAGUGGAAGUGGAGGGGUUGAAGGUCACCAUCAUCCUUCCAAUCAGCCAGUGACGCUGCCCCUACCUUUGCCUCGCUCACUGUCCCGGUCCAACUCCCUCCCCCACCCUGCUGUUGCCAAUGCUACCAAAAGCCAGGGAGUGACAGAGAGUGGAGGGACAGUAGGAUCCAACAGUGCAGGAGGAAGUACGCCAUUCAGCAUUGGACGCUUCGCAACACUGUCUCUGCAGGAGCGAAAAUCAGACAAAUCGGGCACAGGAGGAGAAAAAGAGCACAAACGUUACCACAGCCUUGGAAAUAUCAGCAAGAGCAAUGACAAGAUCAAUGUAGCGCCACGUAGCAACCGCCUAGAUGCCUCCAAGGUGCUAGGAACAACGCUGUGCCCACGCAUGAAUGAGGUGCCGUUGCUGGAGCCACUGGUGUGUAAGAAGAUCGCCCAUGAGAGACUCACAGUUCUGGUCUUCAUGGAUGAUUGCAUCAUCACGGCAUGUCAAGAGGGACUCAUCUGUACAUGGGCAAGGCCAGGCAAAGUGCAUCCUUCACAACCAUUAUCAACACAAAAUGGAAACUCACCGAGUGGGACAGUGGUAUAGCCAGCAACAGAACUAUAAGCUUGAUCACCUGUACCCACGCUUCUUGCUUCCUGUUUUUCAGAGACUUGGCUUCCUAUCCUAUACCAGGAGGUAGUGUGCUGCAGUGGUAUCACUGUUACACUGAGAAUGUUACUCCUCACCUUCAGCUCAUCCAGACUUAUAACUUAGUCAUAAUUACCAUCCUGGAGAACACAAAAACACAGCUUAUCUAAAGACAUGUAACACAAAUAUGCAGACAGGCUCAUUCUACUCAAUUAUACACAUCUUUACUUCUGUCUCUAUGCCAUCUAUCCUUCUGUAAAUCACUUUCCUUUGAUGAACUGCAGAACAACAUGGAGACUGAAACAUUCCUUCCACUAUAGUCUUUCCUCCACCUCACUUAUUGCAAAGGAUGAGAAGAAGUAGAAGGGGAAAAAAACUACAGAAACUUCGAUGCCACGGCCAUUGUACCUUAUUUAUUUAUCAUUGAAACUGUAGUAAUUUAUAUUGUACAUAUUCAGAAUAUAAUGGCAGAGGACUAAACGUAUUGGAAUAAUGUACUUACUUAAUAUAUGAAGAUCCUAUAUUGUACAUAAUGACAGUUGCAAAGAAUGCUUGUGAGAAAAAAAGGGGGAGGGUCCUGAAGUUUUUGUUUCUUAAUACUAGCACCUCCUACACCAACAAGACCAAUGAGUACUAUAUAUUUGCAUUCUGUGCUCUGACAUUUAGAACUGAGAUUUAGCCAAAGUCCAUUUUUCCAGACAACUAAGCUCUCUGGGUUGCUGAUUCAUAGGAAAUGUCCUGAAGAGCUGUUUUCAACAAGGCCAAUACCCAUUUAUAAAUUAGUUAAAAUGCCAUCAGAUACAGUCCAGUAAAUGGGUAAGAAAAAAAAGGGACCUCUUUACAGUUCUCAGCUAUUAAUUAACCCCCAGUCGUUGAAAACUAGUGCACAAAAAUAAAAUUAAAAUUAUUUAUUAUUCAAUGACUUCUGAGUUAAUCAUGAACAUUUACUAUGUUGAACCCAAAGUAAAACUAAUCAAAGAAGGAUACUUACUGUAGUUAAGUAGUUAAUUUAACUAUUGUAGCAUCUACGUUGUACGUAUUACCUGCUAUGCCUCUUGCAAGAUUUUGCACAUUUUAACCAUUUGAAUUCAGCAAGUUAGAGGGGUCCAAAUGGACAUUCCAAAAGGUGGAAUCAGCGAGUUAGAUGGCUUACCUAACUCUUCUUAAUCUAUUUUUUUCAGUUUGUUGCAAAAUAUCUAAUUAUACAACUGUGUGUAGACUAGAUGUCAUGUACCUUCAGUUGCUAUAUGGCUAUAACAAAUCCCACAUAUCUUAAGAUGUAUGAAUAGUUAGCUUGGCCAGCCGGUUUGACUCUGUGAUCCUCCUGUGUGAAGUACACCCCCUAGAGGCAUACUUUCAGCCCAUUUUUUCCUAAUAAAUGGUCUUUCUUUAAGAAACAUCAAGCUACUAAAGUUAUUGGAUAUCAGUUCUCUCAUUUUAUUCUUCGUAUCCAUUAAACUACAUGCUGUUUUUUCACUGGUGAUCACAAUAUUUUCCCCUGAAUUAUUAUAUGUGACUGUUAAUUGUGUUUGUGUUUUUAGGAGUUUUUAAGUUUUAACACAAGAAUCUUUCCCCUGCUUUUUCAUUCAUAUGACUAUAGCCUUGCAGGCCAUGACAGAGCUGUCUUUAUUGGGGGAAUAACAUGGGGAAAUGCAGUGGACCAAUUAAUUUGGUGUAUGUCGUAUCCUUGUUGUGUGUUUUUAGCAUAUAAGCAGAUAAAAAAUUACUAGGCAUAAUCAUCCAUUUUAUUUCAGAAAUGUGUGGGGCUUUUGUCUCAUCAGUGUAUGUAUGUCCUAACAGUUGAGUGCAAAAAAGUAAAUAACCUGGUUACAAAAAAAGAUCAUCUUGUGCUUAUCAAGUUAUAUACACUGAAGGCUCCUUCCUGCAUGGCUGAAAUGCAGUCUGGCCUUGUUAAGUAUUGUAAGAAUAACAAUGGACAUUUAGGCACACCGUUGGAGAAUGGGGGCCCAUUCUGUAAUAAUGCUUUUCUUUUUUAAAGUGGUUUACAGAACUUCCUUGGCAUGUGUUGUUGUUUCAGAAUGUGUGUUCAUUUAACAUACAGUAAUGCCUAAGUGGCAAACAUCACUAUAUCAAGUUUGUAUAUGGAUAUCUGUAAUUAAAUAUCAAAUGCCAUAAAUCUCUUUUAUAGACUGUUUUACUAUAGAGGCUAAUUGUUACCUAAUAAAUUGAUGCCUUCAUGAAA